AUGAAACAUUUUUAAAUUUCGAAUAUGCUUCUUUUGAUAACCCGGCAAAAAUCAGUGAAGGAGGAUUUGGAGUUAUAUAUAAGGCUUAUUUCAAAGAUAUAAAACAAAUAGUGGUCUUGAAGGCUUUAGAUCAUGAUGACGAAGACGAUUUUAUUAGAGAA